CGAUUCUCACUUGAUACAUACAUUUUUUUCCAUUAGGAAGAUUUUUUCAGAAUUUUUCUCUGCUUUUUUUUUGUGUGUGAUUUUCAAUUUUCCAUUUAAUUUUGACGACAGCCAUGCCGCGUGACUACGACAGGGACUACAACGAGGACACCACCGACUACAAACGCAAGCGUCGCGAUGAAGAUCCUGAGGCUACAGGCGGGGCUGAAGCAGCCGAGCAAGAUGGACACGGACAUGGUCAUGGUCACGGUCAUGCCACUACCGCCAGCCACGCCCCCUUGCACGAUACGCCCCAAUUAAAUGAAAAGACAAAUGCAUAUCUGCAGGAAUGUUUACAAGAAAAGAAGACGCUGGAAAAGAAACACAUUAUAACAAAGCGUUUACUUGACGACGAGGUGGAGAAAAUAUUGGUCAGUGGUCGCAUACCAAAGCCUGAGAUCUAUGCCAAUGUGUACAGCGAGAAGCCCAUACGUGUGGCCCAGAAAGUCCUUUUCCCCAUUAAAGAAUAUCCCAAAUUCAAUUUUGUUGGCAAAAUUCUUGGCCCCAAGGGUAACACUUUGCGCCAACUGCAGGAGGAGACCAUGUGCAAAAUGGUUGUUAUGGGACGCAAUUCAAUGCGUGAUCAUGGGAAGGAGGAGGAGCUACGUAGUUCAGCAAAUCCCAAAUAUGCUCAUCUAAGUCGUGAUCUGCAUGUGGAAAUCUCAACGGUUGCCCCACCAGCGGAAGCCUAUCAUCGUCUUAGCUAUGCUUUGGGCGAAAUUCGCAAAUUUAUGAUUCCCGAUGCCAAUGAUGAUAUUCGUCUAGAGCAAUUGAGGGAAAUGGAUGGAAAGGAGCGUCUAUAUAAGAAAUCUCACCAUUAUUCUAAAUCCUAUGGAGAGCAUGGAGCUUACAGUACACGGACACCGCCUCCUUCGUCAUCGAAACCCAAGGUAUAUUCCAUAUUGGAAAAGGCUCGCUAUGUAAUGGAUGAUCCCAAUUAUGGCAUUGUAAAGACACAUAGAUCGCGUGACCACGAGCUAUACGAUCAUGAAUAUGAUCGGUAUGCCACACCGCCGCCGCCUCAGUCGUCUAAGCACUCCAGUCAUCAUGCCCAAUAUGAUAGCUCUUCCUAUGAGCGCGACUAUCGUCGUGAGUAUCAUCCGCAUUCGUCCUCCUCAUCUUAUGCAGCAGCUGCCUAUACGGCAAAACCAAGCAAUGGUCGUUCAUCAUCGUCAUAUAGACCAACAACGACAUCGGGCUCGGGAUCACAUUCAUCGGCGCAUGGUCACUAUGAAACUGGAUCACGGUCUCGUGAAAGUGUGCGUUAUCGCUCGGCUCCAUAUCCAAAAAUACGUUAAAAUACGUUAUCUCAACAUAUAUUUAUAUAUAUAUAGACAUAUAUCGCUCAUAUAUAUAUGUAA